CGGAAAUUGUGAAUUUUCAUUUGAAACCGAAAACAAUGCUGACGUUUCUUGUCGCGGCAGCAAUUUUAUUGCAGGUCGCUCUUUUUGCGGCACCUCCAGACCGGUACGGAGAUUUAGCCUAUUUGGAGAGCUUGGCACCCAAAAGACCUGUCGACGGCCAGUACACCUGGGUGUCGGAACUGUACCGUUGGCCUGACAAAACCGUUCCCUACAUGAUCGAUCCAAACUCGAAUUUCACUGCGGAACAAUUGCAAUUAAUUUUGGAUGGUUUUGACGAGAUUAUGGCCAAAACGUGCGUGAAAAUUGUGGAGAAGACCAACGAAACUAUAUUUGUUACGGUGACCAAUGUCAAUGCAGGGUGUUUUGCCAACAUGGGCUAUUUGGGAGAAUCCACUACAAUGAAUCUGGAACCAGGCUGUUUUUACUUGGGAAUAGCGGUCCCCAUUCAUGAGUUCAUGCAUAUUUUGGGAUUCCACCACGAGCAAAUCAGGUACGACAGGGACUUGUACAUCAAGGUGAUCUGGAACAACAUACAAGAGACUACCAAGUUUAAUUUUAUAAAAACAUCCAGACUGGCAAUGUACCCAAAGUACACAUAUGACUUUUUAAGCGUUAUGCAAUACAGACUUAACAGCUUUACACUCACCGGGAGCAACACGAUGGAACUAAUGCCGGGUGUGAACCCUGGUUUUAAUUCGUCUUUGAUCGGCUGGUCCAAGCUGAUGAGCACAACUGAUAUUGCAAGGAUCAAUUCAGCCUACAAAUGCUGAAGAUUUGACAUUUUUCACAAGCGCACACACAAGUUGUUAUUUGAAGAUUGAACAAUAACGCAAAUAAAAUGAAGAC